GACCGUGGUCAAGACUAGCAGUUGUCCGACUUACAUUUUUGUGGAAGCCCUGAAGGCUGAGUGGGUUAGACAGCUGACUUUGUGUGCUAGUGAUUAGGUACUGACUCUGGGUGUGGGAUAGAAUCAUGGAUAGACCUUAACCCAACAACACACUAAAAUCUGUACUGUACUGAGGAAGUGAAAUGCCAAAUAUAACAUAUAUGGCAACUCCCUUCUUCACAAAACACACAAUUCGGCUUCAUUCAGUUUAUUUAGCUAUCUGCCUGAGGCGACACCUUGAACACAACACACAUUAAAUAAACUCUCCUCUAAUGAUUACCAAUAAUUUGCUUCACUAAUGCGCACAGGUAACGACACUUUUAAACAGCAUGCUAAAGAAAAUGAUAACAUGAAAAUUAGAAAUUACGAAUGAGUGAGUGAGGUGGGAUUUACGCGGCUUUUAGCAAUAUUUCAGCAAUAUCACGGCAAUGAACACCAGACAUGGGCUUCACUUAGUGUAGCCAUGUGAGGAAUCGAACCUGGACAUUCGGCCUAACGAGCGAACAGUUUAACUACUAAGCUAUCCCACCGUCCUUAGAAAUAACAAAAGUUUUUGAAACGCGAGUAGACUGAUAAGGUCGCAAACAGUUAAAAACCAUUUAUGGAGCCGUUAUAAAAUACCUCACAAUAGAGAAAUCAUUUUUACAAUUACAAAUCAUAACACAUUUUCAGCCUCUCUCUCACUACACAGUACAAUGAACAAAUCCAUCAAUUUAUCAUAAACCCGUACACACAACAACUCGAAAAAAUAUUGUAAAUAAGUGUUUAAAUGUUGUUCUUUGACGCGGGAACAUACCCGUCGUCAGUAUAUCACGUGAACGAAGCGUCGUCACGUGACACACACGACGACAACCAGGAAGUGGAGCGGGGACAGCCUGUCGAUUCACGGUGUUGUAAUUGUGAUGGCGACCGCCAAGAUACUGACAGACCACCACCUCACCUGUGUCAUCUGUACCGAGGUGUUCACAGACCCUGCCACACUUCAGUGUAAUCACACAUUCUGUAAGUCCUGUCUGUUGAAAUACACCAACACACAGCCUGAAGCAAUACAAGCCAAGUCCAUCCCAUGUCCCUCCUGUAGACAACUGACGAAGGUGACCACCCCUGACAGUCCAGUAGAGGAGUGGGUCAGUCAGCUGAAACCAAGCCAUGUCAUACAGGGGCUGAUGGACGACUUUGGACCUGGGAGCAAAGCGGCCCAUGUAAAUAUCUGCAGUGUUUGCAAAGUACAAGGGAAGACAACUCCUGCCACCUCGUGGUGCUCCGUCUGUGACGAUGUCUUCUGUGAUGGAUGUCUGAAGAUGCACAACAUGAUGCCAAUGUCACGUGACCAUGAAGUUGUGGGUUUGUCUGAUACCACCAAGAGAAAAGCCAAGCAACGCUUCAUAUGUAAAAUCCACAAAGACGAACAGAUUAAGUUGUUCUGUAAGGAUUGUAGGGUGGCCAUUUGUCAUACAUGCUGCAGUAUAAAACACAGGAAAUGUGACGAUGUUGAUACUUUAGAUAACAUGACCCCUGUUGUCAGAGAACACCUGUCAAAUCAAAACCAAGAACUGAAACUCAAAAUGACAACUUCAGAAAACAGAAUAAUUUUCAGGAAAUCUCAAAUUGUAGAAAUAGAGUCCCAAUGCGCAAAGUAUAAAAGAUGAAAUCAGACAAUUACGUCAGAAAAUGGUAAAAGUGAUUUUACGGAAGGAGAAACAACUCCUUGAUAAAGUCGACCGAUC